AUGGCUAGUCUUCCCGCCAUCGACGUCUCAAUCACUGCUUCGCCUGCCGUUUUCGAUAUCGACGGAUCGACCGAGUUGAGUAUUAGGCUCAAUCUUACACUUCGUCACGAUAGACCAAUCACAUUGUACAAGAGAGAGACCAGUCUCUUCGACGGCAAGAUCCUUCAUGCUCAGGGGCUUACAUUCACCGAUACCAAGACCGGGCAGCAUGUGCCACGCAACACGAUCAAUAUAUGCUACUUCCAAAGCGAAGGCGGGAUAUCAUGGGCUACUAGAUGUAACUACGUUACACUAUAUCCAGGGCAUACACAUGUUAUCGAGACACGCAUUAUACCUUGGAACGCUGACGGACAAGAAAAGACGAGCUCCACAAACGACACUUCGUGGCUGAGAACGAUCAGGUUUGCUGGAUUCAAAGACGGACAUACAUACCGAGUAGGAAUAGCCAAUGAUGCUGUGGUUGAUAAGUGGCUGGAAGGGUCGAUAUGGGGGAUCUUGGGAUGGCAGGAAUUAGGUUGGGCACCGAAGACUGUGCGCGCGGAUAUCAGGUAUAGAGUCGUUGAGUCGACGGAAUUCGCCAUUAAGCGAUCUGAUGCCCAAGAGCCAUCCAGAGGUCUUGUCUCGAUGGUUGAUGCGCUUCACCGAGCGUCCGUUGACCAGGAAAAGGCUUAG